GUAACCCCAAGUGACCCGCCCCCAAUGGGCGGGGCGUGACCUCAAUGGCCCACCCCCAAUAAGAAGGGGUUAACCCCACUGACUCUAUCACCAUAAGUGGUUUAACCCCUGUGGCCCUGCCCCCAAUGGGAGGAGCAUGACUCCAGUGACCCCGCCCCCAACGAGAAGGGGUGUAGCCCCCCAGUGGCCCCGCCCACAUAGUGUUUAAUCCCCAGUGGCCCCGCCCACUGACCCUUUUCCCUGACUCUACCCAGUGCCUGACCUUCCCUGCAGCCCCUGCCCCUGCCCCAUGGGGCUGCCCCCAGCUCUUCUCCUCCUGCUCUGCCUCUGCCCUGCCCCCCAGGGACUGGGCCCCCCAGACCCAGGGCUGCUGGCCCAGGGCCGUGCCCGGCUGCAGGAGGCCCAGAUGCUGGCCCAGCACCCGCAGCUGGGGGCCUGCUGGGCGGGGGCCCUGGGCAGGCUGGACAUGGGCUGUCAGCAGCUGGGCGAGGAGCAACAGAGCCGCAUCGCCCUGGCCUUCGCCCACUGCCACCUGCAGAGGUCGGGCCGGCCCUUCCCGCGCUGCGAGGCCGACAGCUCCGUCCGGGCCUGCACCCAGCACAUGGACCCAGUGGCCUUCGGGGUCUACACUGAGUUCUUCACCCACGCCCACAGCAUCUGCUACCUCCUGCGCAGCGAGGCCUGGCAGCGGCGAGCCGACAGCACGGUGCACAGGCUGGUAGCCAGUUCGGAGGGCGUAGCCGAGCGGCUGGAAGAGACCAAGCAGCUGGCGGAGCAGACAGCGCAGGCGCAAGAGGCCACCCUGCGAUCCCAAGAGGAAAUCCUCCGCCAUGGGGAGCUGCUGAGACAGACCCUGCAGGACUCCUCCAGGGGUGUCCGGGAGGCUUUUCAGGACAUGCAGGAGGUGGCCGGCCGGCAACGCCUGGCCUUUGCCGAGAUCGUGAACCGCCUCAGCUUCCUGCAUCACUUCCUGGUGGGGGAGUCCCAAGCCCUGGGCUCCUUCCUCUACCACCUGCUGACCGGCAGCACCGCCCUGCUGCUCACCUCCAGCCAGCGCACCGCUGGGGCCAGGUUGGUCCUGCUGGGCCUGGUUGGGGGCAAUGUCUACUUGGAGCGUGUGGUCAGUGGACUCGUCUUGGAGAACAUGGAGGCCGGCUCAGACCCAACGGAGGCCCUUGCCAGCUGGGUGGGGCUAUGCCGCAGGCUGUGUGCUGGCGCCGGGCUGGCCGUCCUGACCUAUUACGUCCUCACCUACCGUGACGUGGCCCAGCAGAGCCGGGAGGUGCUGCGGGGGCUGCAGGAGACCCAGGCCCAGAUGCAGCACAUCCUGCAGGAGACAGAGCGCCUGCUGGCCCAGCGGGGUCCGGACCCCAGCCAGGGCAGUGCCGACUUUGCCAGCUCGGGCUUCCCGGAGCCCCUUUCCCGGCCCGAACAAGGAGCUCCCUGGGCGGAGGAGCACAGCACCAGCAGCCCCCGGAGCCGCUCCCCGGCCCGCCAGCGCGCCCGGCCGCAGAGACGCCCCGGCCGACGGGAAUCAGAGACGCACACCGUUCCUGUGCCGCUGGACGGGCUGUGCUGCUAUGAGCUCCGGCGCCGGCCGUCCCUGCGAGACCCCCCCCAAAAGCCAGCUGCGCCCGAAGGAGAAGAGCUCGGUCGCCGGCGGCACGUGCCAUCCUGCUGAACCCAACCUGGGAUCGGCUCCCUCCUGCGUGAAUGUUCCCCCGAGCCGGGAGCCUGGACGCCUGGCUCCUCUCCCCGACUCUGGGAGGGGAGUGGGGGCUGGUGGGUUAGAGCAGGGAGGGCUGGGAGCCAGGACUCCUGGGUUCUCUCCCCAGCCUGCACGGGUCUGAGUGAGACACAGGCCGGGGAGACUGCGUGUGAUGUUUUAUUGGAGACGGGUCGCGCUAGGGCUUUUAGCUGGAAAUAAAAGGAGCCUGACUUUU